CCCUCAACCUACUGGGGCCUAUUCCUUACAAACGACCGCGCUCCCUUCCCAGUUUCCUUCCCUGUCAUCUUCACACAUGCCUUUCCUGCCGCCCCGCCGUUCCACGUCUGUGCGUCGCGCCUCUGGAUCUCCCCGGCAGCAGCUGGCAGAAGUGGCAGACGAAGUAGCAAGAGCAGUGGCAGCAGCAGAAGCAGCAGCAGCAGCAGCAGACGCAGGGGAAGCUGCAGCUGGAGCCGCCAUAUCAGCAGCAGCAGGAAGGGAUGCAACAGCAGAAGCAACAGCAACAGCAACAUCAUCAUCAGCAGCAGCAGCAGCAGCAGUAGCAGCAGCAGCAGCAGCAACAGCUGGAGCAACAAUGACAGCAUUGGGAAGGGUGGUGGUGGUAGCAGGAGCAGCAGAAACUAGCACUCCUGCUCAUAGUCCUCCUGACUCUCUCUCUCGAGCAGGAGCAGCAGAAACCAGCUCUCCUGUUCAUAGUCCUCCUGACUCCAGGCCUCCAUCACCUCUCUCUCCCGAGCGGUCUCUUGAGCUCCUCUCAGGCAUUGCAGGAUACAACGAGCUCGUUCGGGCCUUGAAUGUGCCGCUCUGGCAGUCUCAGGAGGAACAGCAGGAUGAAGAUGAAGAGGAGGAAGAGGCAGAGGAGGACGAGGAGGAGGAGGAAAGUGAUGAUGAGGAGGAGGAGGAGGAAAGUGAUGAGGGGGAGGAAAGUGAAGACGAGGAUGAUGAGGACGACAGUGAUGAGGAGGAGGAGGAGGUAGAGGAGGACGAGGGGGGGAGUUGGGUGAGGCAGGAGGUGGGGGAGGAGGGCGUAGGAUGGGAUAGGCUUCACUGGCAGGAGGAGGAGGAGGAAGAAACCCAGGAGGAGAGGGAGAAGCGGGAGUUGAAGACCCAGGAGAAAGAGGAGAAGGAGAGGCGGGAGGAGGAGGAGGAGAGGCGGAGGAGGCAGGAAGAGUUGGAGAGUGAGACAAAGCGGGAGGAGGAGGAGUGGGAGGAGCGGGAGGAGCUGCUGAGACGCCCGAGGCAGGAGAAGUCUGACUGGCAACAGCUGGCACAGGACAGGAGCUGUUACAGCUGGCUGACAGGAGCUGUGGUUUAGUUUAGGUGGUCUGCUGCAGAUGUAGGAGUUGGGCUUGUGAAAAUUUGGCAUGUAAGAAGAAAGUAGGAUAUGCAAUUCGCCAGAUCUUUUGUGCUAGUUUUCUUUAGCUGUACUACUAGUAAUUGUUAAAGUAGAUACUAAGCAGUAGGCAGGAACAAGGCCGCCAUGAAUGUGGCGGCGGGGUUUAGCUAGGAGAGUAGGCGAGAGUGUCGAGAGAAAAGAGGGAUUUGACUAGGAAGAGAGAGGAGUACAAGGAGGGGUUUGUA